AUGCCUAAAAAAUUAAGGCCAAAGGUGCUAUGCUAUUGCAAAGAAUGCGACGGCAAACUUGUUGAAACAAGAACUAGAAAAAAACAUGAAAGAAAUGAGAACCGACUUCAAGAAUCAAUUUCCAACUUAACGAAAAGCAAAAAAGCUAAUAAUCCAACACCAGUCUGUCUUUCGAAUUUAAAAAAUCGAUAUCAUUAUAGGUCUAUUUCUGUUGAACCUUUUGACGGUGAUACUCAUGAGGAUAAUACUGUAGCAGCAGUGACUGAUGAUGGUUACCAAUAUGAUAGUUUUAGUGAAUGCUCUACUACGAUGCCAUCUAGUAUUACAAAGAAGCGGAAAAGGCAAAGAUAUAAUCAAUUUCAGAGAGUCAAUGAUAUUAUCAGUUCGAACACUUCUGAAGAAGAAUCUGAGCAACAAGUUAAUCCAUCUAGUGAUUUAUCUAGUAGUGAUGAAGGUUCUUAUGACUUAAAUAAUGAUGAGGGCCUCCAAACGAUUGAUUUAAAUAAUGCUGAUCUAGAUUUAGAAGACUAUGUCGAUGAUUUAUUUACAGCUCCUGAUUCUUUUAACAUUGACUAUGAUUCAGAUCAGGAAAUUCCUACAAGCAUGAAUGAUAAUUUAUGGAUCCUUCUUUGGAUCUUUAAAUUUCAAGAAAGGUUUACGCAUUCUGAUGUUGCAAUUGGCUCUUUGAUAGGCUUUUUUAAUAUUUUUCUAAAAAAUAUUAAACCAAAUAAAUAUAAUGAAUUUCCAUCAACUAUCCAUAUGGCUAGAAAGUUAUUAGAAAUUAAGAAAAAAUCAAAAACUUAUGCUGUAUGUCCUACGUGUGAUAAGUUAUACAAUCUCGCGGAUAUUAUGCCAAAUGAUUCAACAAAUGUCAAAUUCGAUGGAUUCAAGUGUACUUACAUUGAAUUUUCCAAACAUCCAAUGAAAAAUCAAC